AUGGGUGGAUGGAGUUUGCCGACGCCAAGCCUUCCGACGCCUAGCUUACCAACAGGCUUGCCAACCUCCUUGGCUCGAUUCACUCGUCGCGUCAGCAAGGCUGCGAGCAACAGUUCUAGUUCAUCCUCUCCACAGAAGACGUCGAGCUUCAAGCUCUACGCCAACAUGGUUAGUCAGCCCAGUCGCGCAGUCGCAUGGGCUCUAAAGGUCAAGGGUGCAGACUACGAGUUCGUGAACGUCGAGUUCGGUGGAGAACUCAUUAAGUCGGACGAGUUCAAGGCAUGGAACCCCAACGCGCUUGUUCCGGUCCUUCGAGACGGCGACUUCUCUCUCUUUGAAGGCAAUGCCAUUCUGGCUUACUCCGCUGUAAAAUUUGGGUGGAAGGACUUGUACCCGACCGACAUGCAGACACGUGCCAAGGUGGACGAGUUCUUGAAUUGGCACCACACCAACACCCGGUUGUUCACAGUGCAGAUCCUCCGUCCGGCUGCGGCUAAGGCGUCCGGUAAGGCGUCACCUUCAGACUUUACGUUCCUCGAGAACGUCGACGCCCUAAUUGAAAAGGUGAUGACGCUCCUCGAGACUUUCUUGGACAAGGACUACGUCGCGCAUACAGAUGCACCAACCAUCGCAGACUAUGCCGCGUACUGCGAGAUCGAUCAGCUUGAGAUGAUGGGGUACGACUUUACACAGUACCCCAAGGUGACGGCCUGGAUCGCACGGAUGAAGCAAAUUCCCCACCACGACGAAGUGCGCGAAGGCCUCGACAAGUUCCUGACCAAGCUCGGUUUGCGCGUUGAGGCAGAGGCCAAGACGGACAAGCCGUGAGUACUUCAGAAUAGGAUGUAGUGACCGUACUUGUGGUAAUAGACGAACACCAGGUGUCUUGCAUAUGAAUCGAUAAAAAUCAAAAGUCCUGCUAUGCCAUCAAC